AGUUUAUGAAAGUCCCAGCAAAAGCGCGCGCAGUUACAUUCAGAGCCUCGAGAGAACAGAAGACGGGACAGAUACACCUGUGUUUCUUGCAGACUCUUUGGAUUUGUACGUGCUGCCGCUGAAACACUUCGAUAGGCUGCGAUUCCUACAUUUGAAGACAAGCAGAAAACCAGGCCGCGCUUGUGUCAUAACAGGAAUUAGAUCACUUUUUUUCCUCCUCCCAUAAAAAGCAGCACGAUGUUUGAGGCACGUCUCGUUCAAGGAUCAAUCCUUAAGAAGGUUCUGGAGGCUCUGAAAGACCUCAUCACCGAAGCCUGCUGGGAUGUCAGCUCCUCGGGCAUCUCGCUGCAGAGCAUGGAUUCAUCUCAUGUGUCUCUGGUGCAGCUGACGCUCCGGAGCGAUGGGUUUGACUCCUACCGCUGCGACAGAAACCUGGCCAUGGGUGUCAAUUUGAGCAGCAUGUCAAAGAUUCUGAAGUGUGCUGGGAAUGAAGAUAUCAUCACACUUAGGGCAGAAGACAAUGCAGACUCUUUGGCACUUGUCUUUGAAACACUCAAUCAGGAGAAAGUGUCUGACUAUGAGAUGAAACUGAUGGAUCUGGAUGUGGAGCAGCUUGGGAUUCCAGAGCAGGAAUACAGCUGUGUGGUGAAGAUGCCCUCGGGUGAGUUCGCCCGUAUCUGCAGGGAUCUGUCACAGAUCGGUGAUGCUGUCAUGAUCUCUUGUGCCAAGGAUGGUGUGAAGUUCUCUGCCAGCGGAGAGCUGGGCACAGGCAACGUCAAGCUCUCACAAACCAGCAAUGUCGACAAGGAGGAUGAAGCGGUGACAAUUGAGAUGAAUGAGCCUGUGCAGCUCAUUUUUGCUUUGAACUACCUGAACUUCUUCACCAAGGCCACUCCUUUGUCUAAAACAGUCACACUCAGCAUGUCCGCAGACAUUCCACUAGUGGUAGAGUACAAGAUUGCAGACAUGGGACACGUCAAAUACUACCUGGCACCCAAGAUUGAUGAAGAAUCAUCUUAAAUUCAAGUUCAAGACUGAAGUCUGCCAUCUGUCAUAUCAGACAUGAUUUCAAUAGAUGUUUUGGGAAAAUGCAUUUUAUUCCUCUUUGUCUGCUGUGGUUUCCAGUUCAAUGGAUUCACAUUUCUGUGGCCAUCCAAGCCAGUUCGUAUGAUCGGCAGAUAAAUGCACACUUCACCAAUGGUAGUUUGGUAAUUUGCUUUACCAGGCUCUGUGGGCUGAAUCUAGAGUUCUUAAGACUCACUUUUGACUCAGUCUCAUUUUCCCUAUCUUUGUGCUCUUGUCUUUUUGACUCCACUUAGGGUUUUUGUCCAACUGCUCAUUUCAGUGUGUAGAUAAUGUCUGUAAAUAUGCUAAUUGGACACAUCCAGUCAACCAUUAAUAAAACUUUUUGUAAUGAUGA